AUGCCAGAAAUCGGCUUGGACCCUGUCGCCAUGAUGGAUUCAGGAAUCAAAGAUAGCAUCAUACCAUACACCUACGAACCUCUCCCAAAAGACGCUGACUUUAUUCGUCUCAUGCACCUGGAGCCAGCCUUGGACUCUGAAGCACCGCUACACUUCACCUUCACGAGCAACGAUAUUGGGAGCCUUGUUGCACAGUACGAAGCAAUAUCAUACACCUGGGGAGAGCCAAAGUUGGAUUACGCAUUGCACGUCAAUGGAAGCAGUACCUGCGUCAUGGUCACCAAAAAUCUAGAUAGUGCACUCCGGAAGCUACGACAUUCGAAAACACCACGGAUUUUGUGGGCAGAUGCUGUGUGUAUUAACCAGAGUGACAACGAGGAGAAGUCUCGGCAGAUCCCCUUGAUGACCAAGAUAUUUCGUGGCGCAAGCAGGGUUCUGGCGUGGCUCGACGGUGGUGCCGACGAGGAGAAAGGCAUGCAACUUCUUAACAAAUGGUCGCGAGAUGCGGGGCAUACAAUACGCGAAAGGAGCAAUGGUCAGUCGAAAUCGCCAGCACAUGAUGUUGCGCAAGAAACUGAUUCUAUACAUCGACUUCUUGACCUCGCCUGGUUCUCUCGGCUCUGGAUCAUACAGGAAGUCGUCAUGAACGCUGAUGUGGUUUUGAUAUGCGGCUCGUGCGACAUCUCCUGGUUCAGAUUCAGCAUUGGUCUUAGUGUUUAUCGAACCAAGAGGCCAUCCGCUCGGUUUAUUGAUGAGCUCGAAGCUCUACAGAGAAUCUACCAGCUGUGGAAACACUACAAUACCUUUAGUGAUACACGAAUGAGGCGCCAUGAGGCUGAGGAUAUUGAGGACAUCUGCGACCUAGUGCAAACGUUUUCUAGCUACAAGUGCACAGACCCUCGAGACCGCAUCUUCGCCAUGUAUAGUCCGGAAGCAUAG